AUGGCCAACAAUACACGCCGCAGCAAGCGCCUUCGAUCACAGGAGGAUCCCGCAGCAGCAACAGCAGCAGCAACAGCAGCAGCAACAGCAGCAGCAACACCAGCAGCAACACCAGCAACAGAAGAAGGAACAGCUACAGCAGCAGCAGGGGCAACAGCUACUACAACAGCAACAGCAGCCACAGCGACAGCAGCAGCAACAGCAGCAGCCGCAGCAGCAGCAGCAGAACCCUCUCGGCCCAGGAAGAAGGCAAAGCCAACCGAGCCUGCGCAACAGCCACAGCAGCAGGAGCAGGAGCAGCAGCAGCAGCAGCCAGAGGAGCAUGAAGAGAGCCAGCAGCAGCAGCAGCAGCAUCUAGCCGAGCUGCUGCAGCGCCCCUUUGAUUUAUUAGCUAAUCCUUCUUCUUCUCUUCCUCCUUCGCAUAGUCGCGGUUUUUAUACUCUCCCUGAGUGUAUCCCUGUGCUGCGCUGCAGCAGCAGCAGCAGCAGCAACAGCAGCAGCAGCAGCAGCAGCAGCAGCAGCAGCAGCAAGGAAUAUAUGCUUCCUUUAUACAGUUUAUUUCGUGAUAGAGAGCAGCAGCAACCAGAGGUGGUUGUUUAUAAUAACCCCACCGCUGCAGCAGCUGCUGCUGCUGCAGCUGCUUAUACACCCCAUGCUGCAUUUGCUGCACCUAAUAAACCCUCAGCAAAGAAAACAUCUAAAGCAGCAGCAGCAGCAACAGCAGCAACAGCAGCAGCAGCAGCAGCAGAUUUGCCGCUUCUUUUUGCUGCUGUUAUUCGCCAUGCUGUAGAGGCAGCAAAACCUUACAAUAAAGAAAAAGAAGAGCUGUGUAAGAAACUUCUUGAUUACCUCGAGCGCAACAACAGCAGCAGCAGCACCAGCAGCAACAGCAACAGCAACAACAGCAGCAGCAGCAGCAGCAGCAAAAGAUUAAAGGAGCUGUCCGAUGAAAUCGCCAAGCAAGCAUCCGCGUGGGCAGCAAACCGCAAGAAAAUCUGCGUGGCAACCGACCUCACGGGUCUUGGGGUUUGUGUUGCUUACAACAAGAAGACAGAAGUUGGUUGGAGGAAUUUAGCGUAUACACCCCAAACCCUAAAAAAAUUAAUUAAGGAUAUAAAAGAAGAAAAGGCAAAAAAGAGCGAUUUAGAGGAACUCCUUACUCUGGCAUCAAUUGCUGUAGAUGAAGGAGACAGCGGAGCAGCGCUGCAAUUAGGAAGAAAUUUAUGGUACUACUAA